CCUAAUUUCCUCAUCAAGAAACACCCGAAAAAAGGCUAAAACUGAAAAAAUACCAUUCGCUUGGAGAAGAUGAUUUUCCCUAUCUUCUUUACAUUUGCUCUCCUCCUCUCCUCCUCCUUUGCUUCUGUGCAAGACUUCUGCGUUGCAGACUACAAAGCUCCGGAGGGCCCUGCAGGCUACUCUUGUAAAAAGCCAGCAAAAGUUACGGUAGAUGAUUUCGUGUACUCAGGCCUAGGCAUUGCCGGCAACACCACAAAUAUCAUCAAAGCUGCAGUCACCCCUGCAUUUGCUGCUCAAUUUCCUGGUGUGAAUGGCCUCGGCAUUUCACUUGCACGCCUAGACCUAGAUGCGGGUGGAGUUAUCCCAUUCCACACACACCCUGGGGCUUCUGAAGUCCUACUUGUUGCGCAAGGAACAAUAAUUGCUGGGUUUGUUUCCUCAGCUAACACGGUUUAUCUGAAAACUCUUAAGAAGGGUGACAUUAUGGUGUUCCCUCAAGGCCUAUUGCACUUCCAAGUGAAUGGAGAUAAAGGCUCCUCCCUUGCAUACGUUAGCUUCAGUAGUCCAAGCCCCGGUCUGCAGAUUCUGGACUUUGCACUGUUCCAAAACGACUUACCUACUGAAUUGAUAGCGCAGACCACUUUCCUCGAUGUUGCUCAGAUAAAGAAGCUUAAGGGUGUUCUUGGUGGUACUAAUUAGAUUGUCUCCUUUCCAUCCCCCGUCUUCAGGGGGUUAUUCCAUGUCUUUUUGUUUUCUUGUUGUGAUUGAGAAUAAAAGAGUGCUCUAUUGUUGUAUGCUUGUAGAAGUAUUAUUCUAUGCUUCCGUCUGACCAAUGUAGCAACAAUUGUAUUGAAGGCAAUGCAUCCUCUGAUCGAUAUUCGUUCUUUU